AUGCCUUCAGUCUCAUCAAUCGUGUACUACCUCACCCACGUCCAGGAGCUGCGAGCCAUCAUCCAGUGGAAGACAUGGCACAACCCUGUGCACGAGCGCGAUGAGAGCAAAGAGACACCGGAACUCAAAGCAUGCUUCCGCUACCUCGACCUGACCAGCCGCUCCUUCUCCGCCGUCAUCAAGGAGCUGCACCCGGAGCUGUUGGUCCCCGUGUGUCUCUUCUACCUUAUCCUACGAGGACUGGACACAAUCGAGGAUGACAUGACCAUCAGCAUCGCCGCGAAGGAGCCGCUCCUCCGCGAUUUUCACAAUCACAUCGAGGACGACACAUGGACCUUCGACGGCAAUGGCCCGAAUGAGAAGGAUCGUGAGUUGCUUGUGGGGUUCGACAAUGUCACAAAGGAGUUCAACAAGUGCGCCGAGGCAUACCGCAUCAUCAUUCGCGACAUCACCAAGCGCAUGGGCAACGGCAUGGCAGACUACGCAAAGAACGCCGAYCACCUCGCAAAUGGGGUGCAGACAAUCAAGGACUACGAGCUAUACUGCCAUUACGUAGCAGGGCUGGUCGGAGAAGGUCUUACCCGUCUUUUCGUCGAGGCAAAGCUCGCCAACCCUGCCCUCCUGCAACGACCCGAGCUGAUGGAGUCCAUGGGCCAGCUGCUGCAGCAGACUAACAUUAUUCGGGAUAUUCGAGAAGAUCAUGACGAUAAGCGUUACUUCUGGCCAAAGGAAGUGUGGUCGAAGCACGUCGAAAACUUCAGCGACCUGUUCGAGCCCGAGAACCUCGAGAAGGCUCUGCAGUGUAGCAGUGAGAUGGUUCUGCUUGCACUUCGUCGCGCCGACGAGUGCUUGUACUACAUGGCAGGUGUCAAGGAGCAAUCCGUCUUCAAUUUCGUCGCGAUCCCACAAUCAAUGGCCAUGGCUACCCUCGAGCUCUGCUUCCAGAACCCAGCCAUUUUCCAAAGGAAUGUCAAGAUUACCAAGGGAUCGGCAUGCGAGCUGAUGACCCAGUCGACACAGAAUCUCCAGCUGGUCUGCGAGGUUUUCCGGACGUUUGCAAGGAAAAUUCACAAGAAGAACAAGCCUAGCGAUCCCAACUUCCUCGAGAUCAGCGUGGCCUGCGGCAAGAUUGAGCGCUUCAUCGAGACCAUCUUCCCUAGUCAGACUCCACGCACACUUCCCCCGGGCGCGACACAGACGGUGGCGGUGGACUCGGAGGCAGAGGCAAAGCAGAAGGCGGACGAUGCAGAGGCGAAGCAGGAUGUCAUCUACCUCAUGCUUGCCGUCUUCGGCACAUUGAGCGUGAUUACAGCGGCGAUGAUUGGACUCGCAUGGUUCUUUGGUGCGCGCUUCGACCUGGCCUUUCAAUCGAUCAAAUCUGGCAACCUCAUGCCACCGAAGAAUGUCGGCGAAGCUGCAGCUAUGGCGAGCCAGUAUGGAGGCCGCACAGAACUCUAG